AGGCAGUUGAGGUCUGCCUGUGGUGUGUGUUUUGCAUAAAGGAGGGGAACGUAGUGGGGGUUUCUGCCUGCCCAUAGCGGUUGCCUCUGAGAAACUCAAAGCCAGAGUGUGCUCCAGCUCCUUAAAGAGAGAGACCACCAGGGUGUUAGUCGUCACAGGCUGGUGCGCUAUAGGCUAGCAGCUUCUCUUCUCAGCACAUUUGACCUGCAGUGGCCAUUAGUGUCAGAGGAACCUCGAGAGGAAUGCAACUUGUCACUGGAGCUAUUUUGGAUAUGUGCAGGCGCUAACGAUUGUAAUCACGGCGUGGGACCCGGACCAGUUGGUUUGCCGUUCUUCUACUUCUUCCACUUCUCUUGUCUCUUUUUUUCCAUGAGUGGCAAAGGGAUUUUCUUGCCAUGAUUUGCUUUUCCCCUCAAUUCCACUCCGGAUUAGAGCGUUAGACUGAAUGGCGCGACGUCUGCGCCUCCAUUUCGCCACAAGGAGAAGCAACACUGACCCUCUAUCCGAGACGCUGAGCCAUGGCACGGAGGACGGGCUGGGGAUACCUGCCCGGAGUCCCGCGGAUGGCCCGUAUAUCCUCAACUCGUUCCACAUGAAGGUGACUCCAGGGCAACUGGCUCUGGCUCUGCCACCCCUUUCUCCAGAUUAUGGUAGCUUACAGCGGCACACUACUGUAUUCGUUCCCAAGGUGAACAGCGGCGGGGGGAGCAAGAAGAGCACCCUGCAGAUUUCCUUGCAACCUGGAAGCAAGCAAAAUGGGGACAUUGAGAUCAAUGGUAGUGGUGGGGAUGAAAUGGACGCUGUGACUUGCGAUGGUGGUGCCGGAGCAAGCUCUGAUGGAGGCUCGUGCAGUAGCAGCACAGCUAGCGAUGUCGGCUACUGCAGCAGUAGCAGCAUAUUUGAGUCAGAUGUCUUGGAACGGAAGGCGGCCCAUGACAGGGGAGUGUGCCGCCGUAAAGCAAGGGCUCCACUACGCCGCUGCUCCUCGUUGGUUAUUUUUCCAAGGAGUCCUUGCACCACUCCACCAGCCUCGCCCGUCAGUCCUAUGGCAUCUCCUCUGAUUCCUCCUCUUCCUCCAUCUGCCCGAGGGUCCUUUCAGACCUCACACCAGCUGCAGCUGUCCGCAGCUGAUGCAUCACAGGAUGAGGUGCAGCCCAAGGUUUCCGUGGCCUCGGCGGUGAAUGGCCUGCGGCUGUCCAAAAGCAGCUGUCCGCCUGCCGAGUUCAGGGACGCCAAGCCCAUCCUGCAUUUUAGCGUUCCGGUAGAACCUUUGCCAAGUUCGGAACAAUCCGAAAGGCACUCCAGCGUACUGCUCCACUAUGCUAACCAGCCGCCCCUUCCACCAGGGAAAGGAAACAGAACAGUGGUCAAUGUUGACUGCUCCAAACCACCAGAACAGUCGGAGGAAGCCAACGUCAAACCUGCGAACCGUAAUCCAAAGCUGUACCGUAGCACCUCAGCUUGUGGGCUGCCCAGACCUAAGAUAUCAACAGAAAAGAGACACCACACUUGUCCAACCAUUGGCAAAUCGGCAGUGCUGCAGGAUUUCCACCGUGGCUUGCAGAGGAGCAUUUCUCUGGAGGUGCCCUGCUCGAACGCUGGGAUAUCAUGCCGUAUGUCUAACACGAAGCAGCUUGGCUCUAUGAAUGGAAUGGCACAUGUGCAUAUACACGUGUCUCGAGGCAGUGGUGCAAAAGUGUCCGACUCUCCAAAGGAUGCCUGGACAAUUGACCAAAGGGAUCAGACUCUCACUUUUUCGGGGGAAACCACCACAACACGAGAUGACUUCCUGGGGCAAGUGGACGUACCUUUGCACCAAAUACCAACAGAAGCGCCGGGCAGUGAGAGGCCCUACACGUUCAAGGAUUUUCUUCUGCAUCCGAGAAGCCACAAGUCGAGGGUUAAAGGUCACCUGCGGCUGAAAAUGACCUACCUGCCCAAGAACGGCUCAGAGGAGGAGCAGGCUGAGCAGCCCGAGGAACUAGAUCCCAGUUGGGAAUUCCUGGAGAGUCAGGAAAUGUGUGGCCCGCGCCACCCUCACCAGCUGCCUGCCCUGCCCCCUGGCUGGGAGGAAAGGCAGGACAACCUCGGACGCACCUACUACGUCAACCACGAGAACCGGACCACACAGUGGCACAGACCCACUAUGCAGGACGCACAGAGAGAGGCAGAGCAGAGGCAGAGCACUCACACCCAGCACCCAUUCAUCACACGAAGACAAAUCUCUGAACAUGAGGAGAGCAGUGACCGCAGAGAGUCGCCUGAGAGCUGGGAGAUUAUCACUGAGGAUGAUGGAACUCUGUACAGUAGUCAGAGCCAGGUCUCCCCUCCACCUCCCCACUCCCCACUGGACUACACGUCUUUCUGUGAGGAGUUCUGCAGACUGCAGACCGGCAACGAGAGGCGCACUUCACUCACGCCGCAGGGUCAUGGCAGUCGGAGAGGGAGUGCCCAGAUGCUGACCGUAGAGGAGCACCCAGUACAUCCUGUGAUGCUGCCCACUACCCCGGGUCUGCCCCCUGGCUGGGAAGAGAAGCAGGACAGUAAAGGCAGAGUUUAUUUCAUCAACCACAACAGCAGAACCACCACUUGGACCAGGCCUCUCGUCCAGUUGAUUCAGCCGUCUGAGGCAGGUGCGACGGGGGCAGGAGGUGCUACAGGAUAUCGCUGUCAGAGCCCGACGAUCUACGUCCCGCCUCUACUCUCGUCUGACGCCUCACCUCUGCACUCACCCGCCCCACUAUACUCUCCUGGAGCCCACCAUUCGCCUGGCCCACAUCAUUCACCCGGCCCACACCAUUCGCCAGGCCCCCAGCACUCACCCGGUCCACAUGCUCACACACACACCUUUGAGUAUGCCGGGUGCAUGCCUGUGGGGUGGGAGGUGCGGAGUGCGCCCAAUGGACGCCCAUUCUUCAUAGACCACAACACCAAGACCACCACAUGGGAAGACCCCCGGCUGAAGAUCCCAGCUCAUAUGAGGAGACGACCCUCACUAGACCCCAAUGACCUUGGCCCACUUCCGCCUGGCUGGGAGGAGAGAAUUCACAGUGAUGGCAGAAUCUUCUACAUCGACCACAACACCAAGACCACACAAUGGGAAGACCCCAGACUCCAGAACUCCGCCAUUACUGGACCAGCUGUGCCUUACUCCAGAGACUACAAGCAGAAGUACGAAUAUUUCCGCAAGAAGCUCAAGAAACCAGCGGACAUCCCCAAUCGUUUUGAGAUGUCGGUGAGGCGGAACGCUUUGCUGGAGGAUUCGUACCGCUGCAUUCUGUCCACAAAGCGGACUGACCUGCUGAAGGCCCGACUCUGGAUUGAGUUUGCGGGAGAGAAGGGGCUGGACUAUGGAGGCGUGGCCCGAGAGUGGUUCUUCCUCAUCUCCAAAGAGAUGUUCAACCCAUAUUAUGGGCUGUUUGAGUACUCUGCCACGGAUAACUACACACUACAGAUCAACCCCAACUCAGGCCUCUGCAACGAGGAUCAUCUCUCUUACUUCAAAUUCAUCGGGCGUGUCGCAGGGAUGGCUGUCUACCAUGGGAAGCUACUGGACGCAUUCUUCAUUCGUCCAUUCUACAAGAUGAUGCUGCAGAAGCCAAUCACUUUACAAGAUAUGGAGUCUGUGGACAGUGAAUACUUUAACUCUCUGAAAUGGAUCCUGGAGAAUGACCCUGCUGAUCUGGACCUCCGGUUCACCAUCGACGAAGAGCUCUUUGGACAGACGCACCAGCAUGAGCUGAAGCCAGGGGGCGCUGACAUCAUCGUCAAUGACAGCAACAAGAAGGAAUACAUCCACCUUGUGAUGCAGUGGAGAUUCGUAAACCGGAUUCAGAGGCAAAUGACUGCCUUCAAGGAGGGCUUUUAUGAACUGAUCCCGCAGGAUCUGAUCAAGAUAUUUGAUGAGAAUGAGCUGGAGUUGCUGAUGUGUGGUUUGGGAGAUGUGGACGUUAAUGACUGGAGAGAGAACACCAAGUAUAAAAAUGGCUAUGGGGCCAACCAACCUGUCAUCCAGUGGUUCUGGAAGACUGUUCUACUCAUGGAUGCCGAGAAGCGGAUUCGCUUGCUCCAGUUUGUGACGGGCACUUCCCGCGUGCCAAUGAACGGCUUCGCUGAGCUCUAUGGUUCGAAUGGGCCACAGUUAUUCACUAUAGAGCAGUGGGGCACCCGGGACAAACUGCCCCGAGCGCACACAUGCUUUAACCGUCUGGAUCUGCCUCCGUACGAGUCGUUUGAGGAGCUUCGAGAAAAGCUGAAUAUUGCGAUUGAGAACGCGCAGGGCUUCGACGGGGUCGACUAGGCGAGGACCUGUCCGGCUGCAGCCACAGUGGAGAGACACACAUGGAGUCAGGAUCCCAGCUGAUGGGGCGUGAGAGUUAAACGGGUGCAGCGGGCGGCUCGAGCGGUCGGCGUUCUGCUGUGAACGUUGCAGUGGAACGCUGAUCUGAGUUUAAGCAUUCAGUGUCUGAAGAAGCCUGAAUUUUCUCCUGUCGAGGGAAAACCCUGAAUGAUAUUACUGCUUAAGGCUCUGUAUCAUGAGCUUAUAUCUACGAAGUUUACAGAAAAUGACGUUUUUCUAUCGUACAUCAAGUCCAAAUAACUAUGUCUGUAUGAACAUUAGAGAUUCUAACGUAUGUAUUUCAGCACAAAGAAUUAUAUCUUGCACAUUUGUAUACGUUUGUAAGCUUGUAAGCUUUUUGAUGUAUGUUCUAUAUACAGAUUAUAAUGUGAGAAGGGUGCACUGUCUGCAGAAUAUCUUCAGUGAUUUUUACACUUCAGCAGCCUGUAAAACAUGCUCUAUGGUUUUCAGUUGUUCUAUGGAUUUGGGGCUUUACAAAAAAUUUGCAAGUCAUGA